CAUCCCUUUUAAGGCGGACACCAUAGAGGGCUGUUGAGUGAGGGCCCACCUCGUGGACAGGUGAGACCGCGUCGCAGAACGCCAGCCCGAGAGGAAGAGAACGAGAGAGAGGCGGGGGGCGCCGGUCAGAGACGGGGUCUAAGGUUACAGCAGCACUGGAGACAUUUCCAAGAGGUUCCGCCCCGACUAUCGCGUUUAUUAUUUUACGCCGCGAUAUUUCCUUCGACAGAGUGUGUGUGUGUGUGUGUGUGUGUGUGUGUGUGUGUGUGUGUGUGGGGGGGUCAGUGGACUCUCCUUGUGCCACCCUUCUCCAGGGCAGCGACCAAUGUCUGGGCCAAUGUGACUGAUUGAUCCACUCGAUGAACAGUAAAGAUUACCGGGAUGACAAAUGAGCACGCUGCUUACACAGCGCUUGGUGCUAAUCCUCCCAACCCCCUCCACCUCCACCACCCCCACCCCCACCUCCACCACCCCCCACCACCCCCACCACCGGCUGCCUUUUGAGGACCCACUGCGGAGGGACGGACCCACACACACACGCUGACGGACCUCGGUGAGAGAAGGGAGCACAGAGGGAGGGGGGGGGACACCAGACACACUUCUUUUGGAGCCACACGAGCAACAAGUGUUCCCACGGGACCCUGGAGCCACGCGCCGGCACGUCUGCAUCCCAGCACCGAGAGGCCGCAGCAGGGCUGACUCCGCCGCACGCCAGGGGCCUCUGUUUGGUGGCGCGCUUGGAGAAGGGAGACCACGGGGGGACCAUCUGCCUCGUCUGUCAGGAGCAGGCCGACGAGCUCAGGGGAGCAGGGGAGAGCCUGCCGACUGAGAGCCCGCUGUUCUGACGGGUGCUCCACUUGAUGGAGUGAUUUCCGUCGCACCUUUCUCGACCUCUCCCACCGAAGAACCGACGCAAACUCUUUUGUUGGACGGUUUUGUAAUCAAACUGCCAAUCUCCGUGGAAGAAGAGAAAGACUAUCUAUUUUUCUUUUAUCUUUUUUUAUCUUUUCGCCGAUAUCAAAGACUUUUUUCGAACCUGUUUUUAAAAUGAUGGAGGAGCACUUGUCUAAGAUGGCCAUGAUGCCAGGGUCUCCUCCCAGCAGGUCUCCAGGGGCCGGGGUUGACGACCGAGGAGCCAAGAGCCCCGCUCCGGGCAAAGCCCUGAGUCCCGCGCUGCUGUGCAAGGUGUGCGGAGACACCAGCAGCGGGAAGCACUACGGCAUCUACGCCUGCAACGGCUGCAGCGGCUUCUUCAAGCGCAGCGUCCGCCGCAGGCUCAUCUACAGGUGCCAGGCCGGGACGGGCAUGUGUCCCGUGGAUAAGGCCCAUCGCAACCAGUGCCAGGCCUGUCGCCUGAAGAAGUGCUUACAGUCGGGCAUGAACAAAGACGCCGUGCAGAACGAGCGCCAGCCCCGUAGCUCCGCCCAGGUCCGCCUCGACUCCAUCGACGUGGACCCCGAGAAGGACCACCUGGCCACCACCCGGGACCCCGCCUCCUCGUCCUCGUCCUCCUCCUCGACCUCCUCCACCACGGGCUCCGUCAUCACGUGGCCCCACAUCACGUCCGCCGCCCUGUCCAUGGCCUCGUCAGGGGCCGCCCAGCGCUGCAGCAGCCCCCAGAGCAACCACCGCUUCAUGGCCAGCCUCAUGACGGCCGAGACCUGCGCCAAGCUGGAGCCCGAGGACGUGGACGAGAACAUCGACGUGACCAGUAACGAGCCCGAGAGAGCCUCCUCGGAGUACCACAUGGCCCUCUACCCCUGCAGCUCGGAGAACGUCUACGAGACCUCCGCCCGCCUGCUCUUCAUGUCCGUCAAGUGGGCCAAGAACCUCCCGGUCUUCUCCAACCUGCCCUUCAGGGACCAGGUCAUCCUCCUGGAGGAGGCGUGGAGCGAGCUGUUCCUGCUGUGUGCCAUCCAGUGGUCCCUCCCCCUGGACAGCUGCCCGCUGCUGUCCCUGCCCGACCUGUGCCCCGGCAUGCAGGGCAAGGCCAGCUACAGCGGCCUGGACCUGCGGCUGCUCCAGGAGGUGUUCAGCCGCUUCAAGGCCCUGGCCGUGGACCCCACCGAGUUCGCCUGCCUGAAGGCGGUGGUUCUGUUUAAGCCAGGUGAGAGCGACGCAGCAGCCGGUCGCGCUCUAGAGACUCGGGGUCUGAAGGACCCGGAGCAGGUGGAGAACCUCCAGGACCAGUCCCAGGUGAUGCUGGGGCAGCACAUCCGCUCCCACUACCCCGCCCAGCCCGCCAGGUUCGGGAAGCUGCUGCUGCUGCUCCCCUCGCUGCGCUUCGUCAGCUCCGAGCGGAUCGAGCUCCUCUUCUUCCACAGGACCAUCGGCAACACCCCCAUGGAGAAGCUGCUGUGUGACAUGUUCAAGAACUGAGCAGAACCCUCCCACCCGGGACGUCCCGGUGUCCGGUCUGGGAGUCUAAGAACCACAGGAGAGCAGAGACUGGCUGUCAGACGUGUUCUACGGUUUAGUCUUUUUCUUUGCUCUUACUCUUCGUUAUUUCUUCUUUGUUCCGCUCUCCAUGUGCAUAUUAGAGAUUUGAUGAGCUGUUUUCAGUAUUUUUUUUUAAUGACAUAUGAUAUAUAGGCUUCUGACGAUGUUAGGCUAUUUCCUCCACGUUUCUUAUGGGAUUGUUAUACGCUUGCUGUCCGCCUGUGCUAUUAAGGGAACCCCCUUUCAGUUUCAAUAUCAAUCUACAUGCACUUAUGCAAUGCAAGUUAUUCUCUACUGCAUUGUGUUCUAUUUUUCUAUUUGUGUUUCUGUGACUUUAUUGCAAAAACGUUGUAUUUGCUGUAGGGGUUAGAUAUGUCGACAUUCCUAUGAUAAAUGUUGUUGUUAUUGUUGUUGUUGUUGUUGUUGACAUGCUUUGUCUUGCUUUGAAAAAGUCGAGAUUGUUUAGUUUGAUUUUAUAUCAGUGACACUUUAGUACACAUGUCACGCGGACAUGGGAUUAGUUCAUUGCUUGCACAAACCUUACAGAUGAGAACCUGCACAACCAUGUUACAUUAUGUGGUAUUCUAACUGAUGUUCUCAUACAUAUGGAAAUCAGACAGAGGAAAUAAAUUAAAGCUCUAACCCUGUAAUGUUGUCCACCGUCAAUGAACACAAACGAGAUGGAGUGAAACAGCGCCCUCCUCUGGGCACAUAUAACAAGACAGUACCGGCCCAAGCCUUUAUGGAGCCCGAGGCAGAAUUUGAUUGCCCCCCCCCCCCUCCCACCACGCUAACGCUUGAUAAUUUGCACAUCUGUCAUUAAUCUAUCAUACCCAUCCAAAAUUGUAAAGUUGUAGCUGUGUUGCUUACAUCAAACCGAUGUCAGCCUGGCAUUUUUUUUACCCUUAUAUGUUUUCUAAUAUUAAAAGGUAGCAAACUCA